AUGCGACAAAGCCCCCCACCCGCGCCCCCGGGGCGAACAGCGGGGGAUCCUCCCGCACGGACAAGCGCCGUGGCCUUGCCCGUAGGGCCAGCUGCUAAACUCCUGACAGUUUAUCCGGUCCGCACUAGCGGCUCCUUCCGAAGCAUACAGGUCUCGGCAGCGGACUGGUCCGGAAGCAGCUCAGAGUCCUGCGGCGCGACGCACUUCCCCGGUCCGAACCAACAUGACCUCAAUUGCUUUGGCUUGGUCAAGAACAUGUCAAGAGAAGUCGCCAUCAUUGGCACGUCGUGCCGUGUCGCCGGCGCCAACAGCCCAGCAGAACUAUGGGAAUCCAUGGUAGCAGGCGAAGACCUGCAAUCCGACACGAGCUCUAGAUUCACGGGCUACUACGACAAAAUCAACGGCAAAACCAAAGGCCUCACCAAUGUUCACCACGCAUACCUCAUGAAGGACGGCAUCGACCGGUUCGACAACUCCUUCUUCGGCAUCGCCCCAGUCGAAGCUGCGGCGAUCGAUCCUCAGCAAAGACUUCUCUUGGAGAUCUGCUGGGAGGCAUUCGAGAGCGCCGGCAUACCCUUGGACAGGCUCCGGGGGUCAGACACGGCGGUAUUCGCGGGUCUCUUCACCAGCGACUAUGGCACAAGUCUGCUACGGGAUAUCGACACGACGCCCAAGUAUCAUUCCACCGGAACCUCCAACUCCAUUGCCGCCAACCGCAUCAGCUACUUUUUCAACCUCCGCGGCCCAUCCAUGGUCAUCGACACGGCAUGUUCAUCAACCGUGACGGCCUUGCAUCAGGCGAUCACCACCCUGAAAACAGGUGGAGCCGAGCAAGCUGUGGUCUGUGGAGCCAACCUCAUCCUCAACCCCGACAUGUUCGUCACCAUGAGCGAACUCGGGUUUCUCAGCCCCCGCGGACGUUGUCACUCCUUCGACGCUUCUGGUGACGGCUAUGCUCGCGGCGAAGGCGUCAUGGCCAUCGUUUUGAAGCCUCUGGAAAAGGCAAUCGCAGACAACGACCCUAUCAGGGCGGUCAUCCGUGGCUCCAGGCUAAACCAGGAUGGCCGAACCAACGGCAUCACACUGCCCUCGGGAGAGGCGCAAGAAGAGAACAUUCGCAAGUUGUACUCCAGCAUGGGCAUUCUGCCGGGUGACCUAGACUAUCUGGAAGCCCAUGGCACUGGUACCAAAGUGGGAGAUCCGAUCGAGAUGGGCGCCAUCGAGAGGGUCUUUGCGAACGAGCAGCGCCGCCAGAAGCUGAUCGCCGGCUCGGUAAAAUGCCACGUCGGCCAUCUCGAAGCCUGUGCUGCCCUCAUCGGAAUCAUCAAGACGAUAGAGUGCUUGGAACGCGGCUUCAUCCCUGCCCAACUGCACCUCCUGGAGAAAAACCCCAAGAUCAACUUUGAUGAGCUGCAAAUCCCAACGUCCACCAUCCCCUGGCCCGAGAAAAACGGCCGACCACGGGUGGCGGGCAUCAACUCCUUCGGCUUUGGUGGUGCGAACGGUCACGUGGUUCUUUCACAAUUCUUGCGCACACAUGCAUGCACCUACGAGCCAGACACUACGUCCGGAGCAAGGCCGUUCCUGGUGAAGGUCUCCGCAGAUAGCGAGUCUGCUCUUGCUCGAAGCAGGGACAAUCUCGCUUCUUAUCUAUCAGCGUCAGCAAGCACCCCUAUCAGCGAUGUUUCGUACACAUCGUUGCUACGCAGGUCGCUGUUGCGAAAGUCCCAAUUCUUCGUGGCUUCAUCGACCGCCGACCUGGUCCAGAAGUUGCGGGGAGAGGGCGACGACAAGUUGCCUGCUGUCCUGUCAUCUCAGGGUGAUGAAAGGACCAAGCGCCUCGCUCUCGUACUGACGGGGCAAGGAGCUCAGUGGGCACAGAUGGGCAAAGAUUUGUUAGACGUCUGCCCAAUCUUCACUUCUGUCAUCAACGAAUGUGACGCCAUCCUGUCCAGUUUGCCAGAUCCCCCAUCUUGGACGUUGUACGACGAGCUCCGCCUUCCCGCCGCCAAGUCGAACGUCAACAGCUCCCGUUACUCACAACCUCUCUGCACCGCGUUGCAGCUCGGUCUUAUCAACUUCUGGCGCCGUCUCGGCAUCCGGGCCGUUGCAUGCGUGGGGCAUUCCUCCGGCGAAAUCUCCGGCGCUUAUGCCGCUGGUAUCUUGACGCUCAAAGAUGCCAUCACGGUCGCGUACUACCGCGGUGUCUGGAUGAGUGCUGCUUCGGCCAGCAAGCCGGGUGCCAUGGCUGCUCUAUCCAUGAGCGCAGAGGAGUGCACUCGCAUGCUGAGCGCUUUCGACGGCAAGGUCGACCUUGCGGCCGUAAACUCGCCGUCGAGUUGCACAAUCUCCGGAGAUGCCCCCUGCAUUGACGAGAUUGUAAAAAGAUUCACGGAGGAAGGUGUUUUCUGCCGCAAACUGCGGGUGGAUACUGCGUUCCACUCGCAUCAUAUGGUGCCCCUGGCUGAGCCAUAUCGGAAUGCUCUCGAGAAAGCGGGAGUAUCGCCCGUACUGGGUGCGAAGCCUGAAGGAUCUCCGACCAUGUACUCCUCCGUAUACGGAAGAGCCGUCGACGCGGCAGAAGUGACCCCGGAUUAUUGGGCCAAGAACAUGACCCAAACCGUUCGCUUCUGCGAUGCCAUAUCUGCCUUGGCGAAGCUCGAGCACGCAGAUGCUUACUUGGAGGUCGGACCGCACCCUGCGUUGAAAGGCCCUGCUGUUGACAGCAUCACCAAUGCUGUUGGACAGGAGAGCAAACCGGAAUAUUUCGGUACGCUUAGCAGGGGAGUAAACAGCAACUCGGCACUUCUCUCAUCCGUCGGCGCCAUGCUAUCAGCUCGGAUACCCCUGAAGCUCGAACGCGAUGGUGCUACCGCGCUUGGUCUUUCGCACGUGAUAAACCGGGUCCUCGUUGAUUAUCCCUUCUAUUCCUGGGAUCAUUCCGCUGUGCACUGGGCCGAGAGCAGGGUGUCCAAGUCUCAUCGUUUCCGGAAACACCGACGCGACAUCAUCCUUGGAUCGAGGGUCCCUCACGACACUCCUCUUUCGAUGUGCUGGAGAAACAUCCUGAGGACAGACGAGCUGCAGUGGCUCAACGAGCGAGCCCCCACGGGCGAAUCUUCGCUUUCCCCGUCGUUCUUGCUUCAACUGGCCAUCAGGGCAGGCUUGCAAGUGGCAAGCGAUCACUCGUACGAUACGCCACCUACCAUCCAGCUCACCGGCAUUCGCUUCCACGAGUCACUUGAUCAAUCUGCCAUACUCUCGAGCCAAGAAGUCGAGACCCAGUAUCUGCUGAUCCCGCAGACGCGUCGGGAUCAAUUCACUUUCCGCUUGUUGAUCCAUGAUACCAUUUCCAGUGCCAGUGGCACUUGGAUUACCGCUUUCGAAGGGCACAUGUCGAUUUCCUUGGACGGUCUUGCGCCCCUCGGCCCCGAGAGUGCAACCGUGAAGACAGACGAAGCAGUGGUUGCUCGUAUGGAGAGCCAUCUUCCUCCGCUCCCUGAACCCGUAUCUCUUUCCUCGGUGGAUGGCGCCAGUGUCGCCGGCGAAGUCACGAGCCAAAUGAGUUUUGAAUCAAUCGAAAUGUCCGACCUGGAACUCUUCGAUUGGAUUUUCGGCUUGCUUUAUCGUCACAUGGGAAUCUCGGGUGACGCUUCAAAAUAUACCUUGACUACGGUCGAGAAGCUCACCAUCGACUUGAAAGCUGUUGAAGCAUCUCCGGUCCAGUUCGCGAUGAGGAUUCAGAAUUGCGCGGAGGGUCGAGGACAAGCCACGCUCACAAUGGCACAUGCAUCUUCAGGCAUCCACAGCCUGGUCGUUGAAGGAGCAACGUCCAUCGUGAAGGAAAAAGAACGAGCGAGACCGCCUACCAGCUCUCUUUUCUUCCAACCAGCCUGGCUCCCCGACAUCACGGCGAUGGAGGCCUCGGACACCCGCUCGUCAAGUCUUGCACGCGUCAUCGAGCUGGCCACCCAUAAAUGGCCAGCUUGCGACAUUGGGAUCGCGACAAAGAGGGAGGAGCUCCAAGCACUGAUCUUGAGCCUUCUACCCGGUGCAAGGUCAUCCGAACGCCCAAGGUUUCGAUCCGUUACUACGAUGCUGGAACCUAAGGGACCGGCAUGCGAAAGAGCUUCCCAUGACGGGCUCUUUUCUCCGAAAGAUCUGACGCUGCUCUUCACCGAUGACGCAGGACUCGAUGAGAAGAUCAAACAGGUCACUCCUGGAGGCUUCCUUUGCGUCCUGCUGUCACGUACAUGUCCCGACCCGACGAUCGAGGGGACUCAGGGGAGCGCCAGCGAUACCGAGAGACUCUGUACGGUAGAGGUUGAUUCAUCCACCACAGCCGUGCUCUUCCGUCGCAAAGCCCCGGAGAGUCUUACUACCAGCCAGACUCAUCAGACUCUGAUGGUUUCGACGACCUCGGCAGAAACCACAUGCACGCUACGAGACGUGCAGUCUCUGCAUGCAGCCGCCGAGCAGCACAAAUCGGGAGAAGCUGUGGACCUAGUCGUCUUCGACAAUGACGAGAAAUCGCUUCUUUGCCUGAUGCCACCCAAAGACUGGCUCUCAAGCGUUCAAAAGCUGGUAGCGGAUGCCAGGAAGCUGCUGUGGGUUACGAAGGACACGUGCAGGAAUGACUUGCCUCACUGGGGGGCUGCGAGUGCUUUUCUUCGCACCUUGUCCUCCGAGCAACCCCUGCUGAGUGCUGCAACCCUGAAUCUCCGGGCCGAUUUGACACAAAACGCCCUCGAUGCUGUGAUCAAGCCUGUGCUCGAUAACCUCCGCAACGGGUCGAAAGAGAGUGAGAUGCGCUUCGAAGACGGACAGCUCAAGAUUCUGCGUUAUCUGCCAGACGACGAACUCAACGCAACCUCCGGAGCUGGUCCUGUUCAUCGCGCAUUCUCGCGCAUCACCUGCGUCAACCACCAGGUUGGCCAUGCACAGCCCGGUCAGAUGAUGGUGAACCCAAUCAGACAUCUGGGCGCAGCAGCCCACGUGCACCCUGCAGAGGAACUCGUCCAUCUCGACGUGCAGCUCUCCGUCAUGGACGUUGUCGAUGUCCAAGACGCCUUCAGCCACAAAGCUGCAGCCUGCCACCCGGGUCAAUUCUUCCUUGGCAAGACAGUGGACGGACAUCAACUACUACGUGUUGGCUAUUCGCCUGGCUGCCAUACCAAGAGACUCCAGGUGCCCGUGGAACAGACCGUGGAAGUCCCGCCUUCGGCAGACCCCAAGAAGAUUCUGUUGUCUCUUGCGGCUCAUGCGCUUGCUUACGCCAUCAUGACCCAGACGGCCAGAGCCCGAACCGACGAUGUGAUCCGUGUUUUGUUCCGAAAUAACAGCACGAGUGCUUUCGAGCAUGUGGCUCGUUUCCUUGGAUGCCGUGUUGUCAAUUGGAACGAUAAGCGUCACGCUGUCGAUUUCGAGCUGGAUUUCGCACCGGAAGCCGGCUAUACGCUGAAUGGCAAAGUGAUCGACGUCAAGUCGGCUCUCCGCAAGACGCGAUUCAACGAGUCUCUCGGAAAGGCUCUGAUCUCGAUGGCGGACCACAACGCAAGCCUGCCGGAGUAUGGCUUGGAGAGUUUGCAAGCAGCUCUGGCCCAUGCUUCCCAGACAGGCGAUGUAAUCGCCCUGCAUCACGACCCGGACCAUGAGCUGGGAGUCCUUCAAGAGUUUAGACACAUCGGUGCGUCGGGUAUCUUCCGCAAAGACGCUUUCUAUGUUCUGAUCGGCGGGUUCGGCGGCCUCGGUCUGCUUCUGAUGGAGUGGAUGCUCAAGAAUGGUGCUCGGAACUUUGCCGUCAUCAGCAGGAGCGGUGCGUCUUCGGAACGCGCCCAGGCCGUGAUGCAAAAGAUCGAUGCGCUAGGGGGACGAAUCGACGCCAUCAAAGCAGAUGCAGGCGAUGCACAAGCUAUGAAGGCGGCGAUUUCGACAUUGCGUUCGGCCAUGCCCAUCGGGGGAUGCUUCAACAUGGCUCUCAUCCUCGACAACUCGCCCUUCUCGACGAUGACUCCGACGCAGUGGGACCUUGGUAUACGCCACAAGGUCGAUACUGCUGUCGCCCUGCAUGAGGCCACGCUGCAGGAUGAGCUCGACUUCUUCAUCAUGUUCUCGUCCAUCUCGUCCAUCUCUGGCAACAGAACGCAAGCCGCCUAUGCAUCCGGCAACGCUUUUCAGAACGCCAUGGCCGAACACAGGCGAGCACUCGGGCUUCCGGCUGUCUCGGUCGCCCUCGGUGCGAUGGAGGGCGUCGGCACGCUCGCGGAAGACGCCGACACCCUUCGCACGUUGAAGAAGAGUGGCCUGCGGCUGUUGAACGCAGGGGAGUUCCUGCAGAUAGUGGAAUCUGCCGUACACGAGUCCAAGCACCAGGACAGAUACUUAUUGGUCACCGGCUUUGAGAUGUUCCCGGCAACACAAGAUGCAGCUAAGACGGAGGCCACCAAAGGGCAGGUCUUUUGGGAGGGAUUCCCAGAGCUCAGCCACCUGUUCGAGCACGAGCCGAGAAGAGGCGACGGUUCCGAUGACGACGUGCCGUUGGCCCAGCGACUCACGACUGUUGCCGAAGAGACCGCUCACAACAUACUCUGCACCGCCUUCUUGGACUUCCUGUCCGGGCUUCUCGGCUAUCCCGUCUCGAAGCUCGAUCCGACGCAGGCCGUCGCUGCGUAUGGCGUUGACUCUCUCAAUGCCGUGGCUUGUCGUUUUUGGAUCUUCCAGCAGCUCAGCCUUGACGUGCCCAUCUUCGAUAUCUUGGGUUCGCGCUCCAUCGACGCGAUGAUUGCAAAGUGUCUUGACCGCAUCAGAAAGGCCGACCAAGCGAAUAACCUGCCACAACUUCCCGCCCCUACAAGGCACGGCGGCUGCGGCUCUGGGGAGCUUGUUGCACGGACACUGUCGCACUCGCAGAGCCGCUUGUGGUUCCUGCACAACUUCCUCGCCGACAAGACUCUGUACAAUUUGCUCCUGACUUGUCACAUCGACGGAACCGUCAACACUGCAGCCUUUCGAAAGACAUGGGAGACCCUGGUAUUGAGGCACGAAUCGCUGCGGACUUGCAUCGUGGACUCGGGAUCGGGCUGGCUUCAAAUUCCCGCCAAGCAAUCCACGUUUACGUUGACAGAGGUCCAUUGCUCGGCUGCCGACUUCGCCCGUCAGAACGACAAGUUGACCUCGAAAGCACGCCGACACGUCUUUGAUCCUUCCAAGGGCGCUCUCGUAUGUGGAUGGCUCUUGGUGAGUCCGGCAGGCAGUCGAUUCUACAUGGCGUCCCACCACCUUGCUUGGGACAGGGGCUCAGUCGGCACCAUCUUCGAGGAGCUUCCCCAAAUCUACAAGAACUUGAUCGAUGGGAAGCAGCCUGCAGAGUCUCUGGAAGACGAUCCGAUGCAGUUCAUCGACUAUACGGUGUGGCAAGAUAUGAUGCUUCAGACGAAGGAGCUUGUCAGCCCACACGUAGAGUACUGGAGGACUCAGUUGCAAGGGAUCCCCGAGUGCGUGUCGCUACUUCGCUUGAGCCGAGUGCCCGAACGACCGGUCGUCAAACAACAGGAGGCUUCUUCGGCGCAAGCCGUAUUGAAUGCUGUCGGUGCGAAGAGGCUGAAAGACUUCUGUGCCACGCGCGCGGUUACGCCCUUCAUGUUCACCACGUUCGUCAUGGGCAGCCUUGUCAACGGCCUUACUGGCGAUGACGAGAUCAUGAUUGGCAUUGCGGAUGGCGACCGCGGUCACACGGCUUUCGACCGCAUGGUCGGUUUCGCCGUCAACAUGCUCCCCCUCAGGAUGAGGUUCUCGCAGGACCGCACGUGCGCCGCGCUGCUGGAGGACCUUCGGAGCUCUUGCUUGCAAGCGUACGAACAUCGUGCCGUGCCUUUCGACUACCUUCUCCAGGUGCUCGAUGUGCCCAGGAAGACCAGCCACAACCCGAUCUUCCAGAUUGUCGUGAACUACCAGUCUCAGGGUGCGUUCCCGAAGCCGGAUUUCGGCGACUUCCGAUUCGUCGACUACGACCACUACAACGCUCGCACCCAGACCGACAUCGCCCUGGAAGUGGAGGAGCUGUCGGACGGGUCGAUGGAGUUCCACUUCGAGUUUGAUGCCGCCAUGUACGGAACCGAGGUCGCCGAGACGUUUGCCCGGAUGUACAAGUUCCAGCUGGAGCAGGUCAUUCAGGGCUCAGACAAGAGGCUGGACCAGUGGGAACUCGCAUCACCGGACGAUUUGCAGAUAAUUUCGCGCCUCCUCCAGCCCGCACUGCCCGAAGGCAAGAGUAUUCAGGGCAUGCGAGAAAACCUCUUCGCUGAUCUUUUCGACCGCUGGGUGGCGACGAACCCAGACAAGACUGCCCUGGUGGACGCAAAGGCCACCGUUUCAUACAGAGAACUCGACAGGCUCACGAGAUCCCUGGCAGAAUCUCUCUUGAGCAGUGGCAUUUCUGCUCAGGAAUGCGUCGGCGUAUGCUGUGAGCCCAGCGUCGAAAUGAUGGUUGCAGUCUACGGCAUACUUCGCGCCCGCUGCAUCGUGGUGCCAGUGGACCCAGACUUCCCCGUGGAUCGUAUCAUCAGCAUUGCCGAGGACACCGGCCUGUCUAGAGUUCUCGUGAAUGAACACUCGAAAGCGGUCAAGCAGAAGCUCAUCACGGCUGGCAUCAUCGACAUCCGCGAAGUGCGGAACUUGACCAAGCCACAUGCUCCCAGGACCGACAAGACGGUCGUGCCGUUGGAGCCUACCCGGCCCGGAGAUAUUUUCUGCGCGCUUUUCACAAGUGGUUCUACUGGAAGACCGAAGGGAGUCUACAUCGGACAUGAGCAACUCCGGUACCAGGGAGAACAGUAUCACGACACUCUCGGGACAAGGACGAGCGACAGAAUGCUACUUUCUUCGGCUCUCGUGUUCGACAUGUCCUUACACGCCAUCUUCGGCACCAUCCUACACGGCGCAACUCUCGUCAUCGCUACGCGAGAAGAACGCUACUCGGCGGAGAAGAUGAACGAGCUGGUAGUCCGCCAGAAGAUCACCAACUGCAUCUUCACACCUACGCAGCUGAAGCUGAUGCUUCGUGCGUCGAACCAGACUUUGCUGGCCACAUGGAAAGUGCUGCGUAGCCUCACUCUCGGCGGCGAGCCAGUGCCGUCCUGGGUCCUGACGAGCUUCCUGUCAUUGAACCUGCCCCACGCGCAUCUGUUCAACGGCUACGCACCCACCGAGACCACGAUCAUCAACUCCCUCCGCCGCUGCACGGCUCAAGAUGCAGCGGGAGAUUUCUUGCCGCUGAGCCCUCCGCAUGCUCCUGCUCGCUUCUACAUCCUCGACGGCCAAGGCCGCACAACCGCGGUGGGCGUGCCGGGCGAGCUUUUCAUCGGAGGACCCAUCGUGAAUAACGGCUACAUCAAGCGUCCCGAGUUGACGGACAAGUCGUUCGUGCCGAACCAUUUGGACGAAAACCAGAACGGCGAGUCUGGCAACGCCUCUUUGCUGUAUCGCACAGGCGACAUGUUCUGCUUGGAGCCCAGCGGGAACCUCAGGGCGCUAGGGCGCAUUGCUGGUAACAGACAGGUCAAGAUUCGAGGAAUGCGCGUGGAGCUGGACGAGGUCGAAAGCGUCCUGUACGCGGCACUUGCCCAGCUGGGCGAGGUUUCAGGCUUCAAGUCGGGCCUGACUGGCGUGGUAUACUACCCGAAGGAUGACGUACAUGGCUGGCUUGUGGCGUACGUUGAAUGCGACCAAGGAGAAGGCGAGAUGCAUGCGGAAGUGGCGAAUUUCCUCAAGGCAAGGUUGAAAGCGUCCCUUGCCGUCCACAUGGUACCGAACGACAUCAAGUUCGUUGCCGAUCUGCCCAAGACCACAACGGGUAAAUUGGAUUACAAGACGCUGCUUUCCUGGGACGUCAGCAUGGCAGCUGACCAUCGGCCAGCGGCUGGGCGGGCGGAACUGCAGGGCGACGAGGAAAGAUCGCUGGCGCGCAUCUGGAACGAGGUUCUUGGCAGCGACAGGGACCUGUGGCGCGACACGGACUUUUUCAGCGCAGGUGGCUCUUCGAUCUUGCUUCUCCGGGUCCGGACUUCGAUCUUUGCCAUGCACGGCGUCGAUGUUUCCCUGGCCGACAUGUUCGCGUACCCAGACAUCCAAGGCAUGGCGGCACUGUUCAAGCCUCAGAAGGAACAAGCAACCCCCAACAGCUGGAGCAUGGUUGGCGAUAGCGACUCGGACGGCUCGGGACACGUGUCCGUGUCUCAAUUCGACAGCCAAGAACUGGCGGAGCAGCCACGGCCACAAGCGCCAGCGAUUGAUUGGGAGAAAGAAAUCGCCCUCCCCGCACACUGCAACUGGACCCCUGCAUCGAAGGAAGCUCGGGGGAUCUCCCGAUCCGCUGUGGCGCUCACGGGAGCCACAAGCAUGAUCGGCGCCCACUUGUUGGCACACCUGCUGCGCGAAAGCACCGAUAUGAAGAUCCAUUGUCUCGCCGUCUCCGGAUCCGGAAAGGAGGAAAGCCGAUCCCAGAUCCUAUCCGCACUUGCUACUUGGAAAUUAGACACGGGCCUUACGGCACAACAACUUGGCCGCAUCGUGCCGUAUAACGGCGACCUGGCGCAUCCUACCUUGGGACUGCAGCAGUCCGAGGUUCGUGCUCUCGAUGUCGAGGUCUCGGAGAUCUGGCACUUGGAAUCCGACGUUUCGCUGCUGAAAGGUUACGAUUCUCUCCGACAAACCAACAUUGGCUCUCUCCGGUUCCUGAUCGAAUUCGCGGGCGGCGAAAUUGGCAAUGUGAAAGAGCUUCACUACCUGUCCACGUGGGCGGUACCGCACCUCCAAGUGUGGAACGCCACGACACGAUCGCCAGACUUUGUCUCUACCGAGCCGGUGCCCAUGUCGCACAUGCGACCAGGCCAGGCCCAGAACCUUGGCUACCUGAAGAUUCGCUGGGCGGCUGAACAACUGCUGGCCACCGCGGCAGAAAGGGGGGUUCCGGCCUCGAUAUUCCGCUCUUGCAUGUGCGCGCCUGCGCAAAGCCUUGGCUGCCCGCUACCCAGGACCGACGUCAAUCGUCGAAUCUUAGCCGGUAGCUUGCAUACGGGUCUCGUGCCCGACUUCGGCAGCAGCACAGGGGGCGGUAUGAGUUGGAUUGACGCUUCCUUCCUCGUGCGAUCCAUGCGCGUCCUCGCAGGCGAGGCGAGAGGAAAGAUGCCCCAGCCGGCCAUUCACCAUCUCACCGGAACGCAGCACUGGACCUACGCCGAGCUGGCUGGUUUGCUGGGUCGUCAUGUUCGACUGGCGUCGCCCGAAGAGUGGUUCGCAGCAAUGCGCGCGGACGGUAAUCCGGAGAUGCUUCUACAAGCUGACGUUUUGGAGGAGUGGUGGCAGGCUGGUUGGCGACCAUUUGCCAUUGAUGGAUCGGAGACGCUGCGCACAACCAAGCACGCUUUGCAGAUCAGUCCGCCCAAUGUGGACGGCGCAUUCCUGAAGCAGGUGCGACGCGGCGGCGAGGACGGCAGCAGCGGUCAUAUCUAUGUCGGGAGAAAAAGCCGCAAAUCGAAUAAGAUGGAUGACGACGGGGCUUAA